AUGUCCCAAUUAAGAUUUGACAAUAAGGUGGUUGUCAUUACUGGUGCCGGUGGUGGCCUCGGUAAGGAAUAUGCUCUUCAAUUUGCCUCUAGAGGUGCCAAAGUUGUGGUCAACGACUUAGGUGGGACUCUUGGAGGGGCUGGGACGUCAUCCAGAGCGGCAGAUCUGGUUGUGGCAAAUAUAAAAGAAGCAGGUGGGGAAGCAGUUGCUAACUACGACAAUGUAGUAUUGAAUCCCGAAGGGAUCAUUGACACUGCUAUCAAAUCUUUUGGCGCAAUACAUGUGCUUGUAAACAAUGCAGGUAUUCUGAACGAUUCUUCCUUCAAAAAAAUGACAGAAGAACAGUUUCAGCAGGUUAUUGAUGUUCAUUUAACUGGUGCCUUCAAGCUUACAAAAUAUGCCUGGAAAUUCUUCAAGCAACAAAAGUAUGGACGAAUAAUAAAUACUGCUUCUCCGGCAGGCCUUUAUGGUAACUUUGGUCAGGCAAAUUACUCUGCCGCUAAGCUCGCCCUGGUAGCUUUGGCUGAGACAUUAGCAAAAGAAGGUCAAAAGUACAAUAUCAAGGUCAACGCUAUUGCGCCGUUAGCGAGAUCUAGAAUGACUGAAGCAAUCUUACCUGAAGAUAUCUUGGAAAAACUAGGACCGGAUAAAGUUGCACCCUUGGUAUUACUGUUAGGUCAUGAUAUGGUCCCAUCCACCGGAGGGAUCUUUGAAGUUGCUGCUGGGUUUUAUGGUCAGAUUACAUGGCAAAGGAGUGGUGGGUCUUAUUUCAAUCCUAACGAUAGCUAUACUCCCGAAGCAAUCCUUCAUAAAUGGAACGAAUUAACAACUUUUGAAAAAGGCUCACAAUCUUCAUACCCGAGAGAGCUGAAAGAUUAUGAAUCCGCUUUCAAAAAGGCUUCAAGAAUGCCCAUCGAAAAUAGUCAGGGAAAGGUCACCAUAAACUCCUUGAAAGAAAAGGUGGUACUCAUUACAGGUGCAGGUUCUGGAUUGGGCAGAAGCCAUGCACUGUGGUUCGCCCGUUAUGGCGCAAUUGUUAUUGUGAACGAUUUCAAGGACCCCUUUACAGUUGUGCAGGAAAUUAAGGAAGCUGGCGGCAAGGCUUAUCCUUCAAAGCAUGAUGUUGUAAAGGAGCCUGAAAAAAUUAUCAAUGAGAUUUGCGAAAAAUUUGGUAGAAUCCAUGUUCUGGUCAAUAAUGCCGGUAUUUUGAGAGAUAGGUCAUUUUUAAAGAUGUCGGAACAAGAAUGGAAUCAAGUGUAUCAAGUUCAUCUUCUCGCUACAUUCAAACUCUGUAAACUAGUAUGGCCCAUAUUUCUCAAGCAGAAUGCAGGUGUGAUCAUUAAUACUACUUCGACUUCUGGUAUUUAUGGAAAUUUUGGUCAAGCAAAUUACGCAGCUUCGAAAGCAGGUGUUUUGGGUUUAUCCAGAACCUUAGCUAUCGAAGGAAAGAAACACAAUAUACAUGUGAACACUAUUGCGCCGCACGCUGCGACUUCUAUGACCAAAACGAUAAUGUCAGAAAAAGAACUAGAUUUGUUUCCACCUUCCCAAGUAUCUCCUCUUGUAGUUCUCUUAGCGAGUAGCGAACUGGGGAUUAGCGGCGAACUUUUUGAAGUUGGUGGAGGUUGGAUAGGGAAGACCCGAUGGAAAAGAGCCAGUGGCAUUGUUUGUAACGAUUCUAAACCAUCACCAGAAUUCAUUUUGAAGAAUUGGAGUGCCGUGACUGAUGUACAAAACGGGAUCCCUAUUUCAAGCACACAGGAGUCGUCCAUGGCCAUACUCAGUGCUACGAGAAAUGAAGAUGAGGAGGAAAGUGAGGAUGACAAUCUUGAUGAUGUUGAUGACGAUGAUGAAAAAGAAGCCAAAGUUUCAUCGUAUAAAUUCAAUCAUCGUGAUGUAAUUCUUUAUAACUUGGGAGUUGGAUCUCAUGCAAAUGAGUCGAGAUAUGUGUAUGAAGGAGACGAAGAUUUUCAACCUGUUCCCUCUUUUGGAGUCAUUCCUUUCAUGGUACAAGAUGAUGGUGGAUUGAACAUGGAGUCCCUACUGAAUAAUUUCAAUCCUAUGAUGCUACUACAUGGAGAGCAGUAUCUUAAACUCAACAAAAUUCCCCUCCCUACCUCCGGUGAUUUGGUAACAAAAUCAUAUCCUAUCGCAGUUGAGAAUAAAGGCAAAAAUGCACUUGUUGUUGCUGGCUAUGAAACUAUCGACAAAGUAACUAAAGAAACGGUGUUUUACAAUGAAGGGUCUUUUUUUGUUCGAGGUUCUCAAUCGAUGGUUGGCAACAAAGUCUUCAGACAGUCAAGAUCCAAAUUUGCUACCCAAUCUUUCAAUCCACCUUCCAGACGGCCCGAUUUUGAAUCAAUAUUGGAUACCUCGUUUGACCAGGCUGCAAUUUACAGGCUAUCUGGGGAUUUCAAUCCUUUACAUAUCGACCCUGGUUUUGCUAAAGGGGCUAAUUUCGACAAACCGAUACUUCAUGGACUGUGUUCAUUUGGAAUAUCCGUCAAGAAAUUAGUAGAUACGUUUGGUAUUUUUGAUGAAGCUAAAUGCAGAUUCUCAAAUGUCGUAUACCCCGGUGAAAAGUUGAGGCUAAAAGUUUGGAAAGACGGCAAUGAACUACUGGUGUUUCAGACCUUUAGUGUGGAGAGAAAUGUCGUGGUCAUUAGUAACGCUGCGGUCAAACUAGCGAAAGAUAAAUUCAAACUAUGA